AUGCCUUUAUUUAAACUAUUUGAACUAAUUGAAAAUCUCUUUGGAUCUGUCGGCGACGAACAAAAAUAUCUGUCUAAAUCGAAUCGUUCAAAAGCUAGACUUUCUGAAACAUCAGACAGUUACAAUAAAUGUGCCAACAAUAGUGCCAGUCAUUCGUCAGUUCCAUUAAUAGAGUUUUCUCUUAAUCCAACUACCAACUCACCAUCUGUAAAAACAUCUCGAUCAUCUAUUACACCACCGAAUAAUAAUCGUGUUGGAAAUAAUAUUCGUGGUCCAUCAUGGUGGUUAUCAUUAAUAUUUUUACUUAUAUCUACUGUUAUUGGUUUUCAAUCUGGUCUUGUUCUUCUUUGUAAUGUUAAACGUUGUAUAACGGAUGAUUUAUCCUCUCAACAUGAAUCAAAUAAUUUAUUUAAUAAUAAUAAUAAUAAUAAUAGAACAAAUUCAUUACUUGUUGCAUCUAUUAAUUUACCACGUGUAUCAAAAAAAAAACAAUUAAUUCUAAUUGCUGUUAUGACAAGUAAAGAUUUUUUAACAACACGUGCACCAACUGUUAUGCGUACGUGGGCAGAAAAAGUACCUGGUCAAGUUAUAUUUUUUUCAAGUGAAGGUUCAACAACAAAUGAUACAAGUAUUAAUCUUGUUAGUUUACCAUCCGUUACAGAUACAUAUCCACCACAGAAAAAAUCUUUUCUUAUGAUGAAAUAUAUAUAUGAUCAUUAUUUAAAUAAAUUUGAAUGGUUUAUGCGUGUUGAUGAUGAUGUUUAUAUAAGAACAGAUAAUUUAGAAAAAUUACUUCGUUCAAUAGAUAAUCGUAAACCAUAUUAUAUUGGUCAACCAGGUGUGGGAACAAAAGAAGAAUAUGGUAAAUUAGCUUUAGGUGAAAAUGAAAAUUUUUGUAUGGGCGGACCUGGUAUAAUAUUAUCACGUGAAACUUUAGCACGUUUUACUCCACAUAUUAAAAAGUGUUUAAAAAAUUUUUAUACUUAUCAUGAAGAUGUUGAACUUGGUCGAUGUGUACAUAAAUAUGCUAAUACUUCAUGUACAUGGUCAUAUGAAAUGCAACAUAUUUUAUAUAAUCAUCCUAAUAAAACUGAUGGUUAUCGAGCAUCAAAUCUUGUAUCUACAGAUAUUCUACGUGCUGUUAGUCUUCAUUCAAUAAAAGACAUUCGUGUAUUUACGCGUGUACAUAAUUUUGCUUUACAACGAAAAAUUAUGGAUGUAGAACAACGAAAAAUGUUAUUACGUCGUCAAAUUGAUGUUUAUGAUCAAAUUCUCAAUAUUGAAAAUCAAAUAAAACUUCAAGCAAAAAAUCUUUCAAAAUUAAUACAAAAAACAAAAAAUGAACAAAUUAAAAUUAAAUUAAAACAACAAUAUAAAAUAUUGAAUAUGCCUGAUCAACAUAUUGCUGAACAAAUUAUGUCAUUAUAUAAUAAUACAUUUCGAUUAUUUAAUAAUAAUAAUAAUAAUAAUGAACAACAAGAUCAUCACUUAUGGGAUGCAUUAAGAAAAUAUUUUAAUCAAUCUCGUAGUUCAUCAUUAUCAUCUCUUUCAUCAUCAUCAUUCUUAUCGAAUGAUUUAAUAUUUCCUUUUCCAUUCAAUUCUGGUUUAUCAAUGUUAAAAAAUAAUAAUAAUAAUCACGAUUAUUUAACACGUACAAAAACAUUAAAUAAUUAUCAUAAUAAAUUUUCACGUCAAAAAAAUAAUAGUUUAUAUGACAAAAAUGAAUAUGGUAUAUACACAUUCUUUACUGCUAGUCAAUAUUCAGCAAAUACAGAAUUACCUGUUCGAUCUAUUGAACCAGCAUAUAAACAAUGUUUUGAUGAAGUUGUUCGAACAUAUAUGGAAGACGUAAAUAAAAUUUCAAGAAAUAUGGGUCGAUUUUUAGAAUAUAAAAAAACUUUAUAUGGUUAUUACAAACAUCAACCAAGAUAUGGAAUGAAUUUUAUUUUAGAUUUAUUUCUUAUCUAUCGAAAAUUUUCUGGUAAAAAAAUGUCGGUACCCGUACGAAAACGUGUAUAUGUCGUGCAAAAAUUUCGUCCUCUUUACUUUCGUGAAUUACCAUCAGCAUAUUCAAGUGCAAUAUUAUCUUCUUCUGGAGCUGGUUCUCCUUAUCAUGCUAAUUUAACCACACCGGUGACUAAUAAUAUAAAUACAACGAUUAUAACUUCAUCUUCUACUCCUAUACAUAUGAUUGUACCUGUUAGUGGACGUCUUCCUACGCUAAAACGAUUGUUAACUAAUUUUUAUCAUGUUGUUAUGCGUUCUAAUGAUACGGAUCUUCUUAAUGUACAUCUUUAUGUUAUUCUAAUGGAAACAGCUGAAGAUAGUGGCGAACGUAUGUCAACAAUAGUUGAUCAUGUAAAAAAAUUUAUUAAUGAUAAACAAGUAAAACGUAUACAUUUAAUUGAAGUUAAAGAUGGAAAUUUUACACGAG